AUGGCAGCCGACCUCUCCGCCCUCCUCACCGCGUCCAAGGCGCUCACCUCCCACCUUGCACGGCCUGAUCUCCCUUCUGUAAAGCUUUCUCUUGACCAGAUUGAGGCGCAGUCACGACGGCUCGUUUCUCGCCAACCAGGUUCGUCCACAGAUAAUGACCGCGCCAACUACCUGCUCGCACAAGCACACGUUGAUGCCCCCGCACUUGCGAGCUCAAUCGCGCAUUUGAACACGUCCACGACGUUCACGCCACUUCAGGCGCUGCAAGAUACGGACGUCGCGGGCUACCUGCGCCAUGCGCACGAGCAGAACCUCAUCUCAACUAUUGAAGAGGGGAGGAAGGAGACACAGGAGGAGUUCUACCGCGUACUUGAGGAGCGACAGCGACGCGACUGGGAGGCGCGGAAGAAACGCGUCUUCGAGCAGCUGGGUGGGCGUGUGGGUGGGGAGAAUAUGGCCGUGACGGAGCUGAAGAAGAGCAUGCAUGGGAAGAACUGGCUAGCUGCGAGCACGGGCCCAAGACCCAACCUGCAGAUGCAGAACAAGAUGAUGGCAUAUGCCCGCGCCGUCGCGGAGCUCAAUGCAUCGCGAUUACGGAGGAUGUCAUAUCCCAUUGUCCAUACGCUGAUUGAGGCUUCCCUCGCCGUGAACACUGACCCCCACAGCUACCAGCUCACACAAAACUUGCACGUUCUCGCGAGGAUUACGGAAGAGCCUACAGCGCUCGUGCCACUAGAGCACGCGAAUGCGCAUAUUCUCAAUACGCCACUCUUCGAACGUAGGUACGCGCGCGCGUAUCUUGGCGACCCUGAAUCGCGCGAUGCGGUCGACUUGCGCAGGCAGAUUGCGCGGGGUGCACGAGCGGCGCUCGAGGAGCAAUAUUGGGAUAUACUCGAGCGCACGCUUCAGGCUCGUCCGGUCGACGCUCGCCUGGGGGGUGACCCGAGCGUAUCGAACAAAGUACGCGCGUUUGUGUUGGUGCGACAUUAUAGGAAUGGCGAGUGGGAGGAUCGGAUCGAGUUGCUCGCAGGACAACCCGUAUGGGCAAAGAUGUUCUACAUGGUGAGAACUGGAUUUGCCCGGGAGGCACUUGAAGAGGCAUACAAGCAACAUGUAUCUAUCGAGCAUCGGGAACCUGGCUUCUUGAGCUAUUUCAAAGCAUGGAUUGACUCGCCCGACCGACGCCUGCCUAAACCACUUCGGGAUCAAGUGAACGCCUUGUUCAACGCGCACAUGUUGCAUUCUUCGACAACAGACCCGUUCAAGCUCGCGCUAUAUAAGCUGAUGGGCAAGAUCGACCCCACCCGACGAAGCGUGCCGCUUGUUACGGUCACAACGGAAGACUGGCUUUGGUUCCAGCUCGCAAUGGUGGACGAGGAUGAGAAUGGCGGUCUUCGAGGGCUGGCAGAGGUCCUAUUGAGCUACGGGGAGCGGCAUUUCGACGGCGCUCCCGGUCAAAAGGGCGCGAAGAGGGGAGUAUGGGCAGGUGUUCUGCUCAUGUGUGGCCAGUUUGAGCGCGCCGUAGCCGCACUGUGGGACCAUCAAGAGACAGAGGUGGAAGCCGUUCACUUGGCUAUUGCCCUCGCAUACCAUGGCCUGUUACGUGCCCCGUCCAAAGCUGAGACGUCAGACAUGACACCAUUAUCUCUCGCCCCUGCAUCGCCGCCUGCUCUGGGUUUCUCUACCAUCAUGUGGCGAUAUAUCCGGCAAUUUGUCAAGAUGGACGCGCGAGAAGCGCUGCAGUACGUGUACUGCGUCUGUCUCAAUGCAGACCAGGGCAAUGGUGUAGGUCGGGAGCAAGUUGAGAGCGCGUGGGACCUCGUGCGGCGCAUCAUUGUGCUUGCAAACACGGGCACAGCAUGGGAAGAGCUGGUGGGUGGUUUCCGACCGGACGGUUCGCGCUUUAGUGGCAUCAUCGAACAGGGCGCUGAGCUGCUCAAGCUCGACAAUCUCAAGGAUUACAACGAGCAGAUUCUCAUCCGUGCCGCGAAGAACUCCGAGCAGAACGACCGCAUCCCAGAGGCCAUCAAACUGUAUAACUUGGCCGGAGACUACAACACUGUCAUCGCAUGUCUUGCGCAGGCACUGGGCAACACCAUCAGUCAGCCGAGCGGCGAUGAGAAAACGCGUGCGAUCGAGCGGACAGCCGCCGAGAUCGUGCGCCAUUACGAGAAGACGAACAGCGCCAAUGGGAAGGAGAAGAAAGCGGUCAUCCAGCUGUUGCGCGUCAGGGAUGCCAUGGAUGCCAAGGAUGCCGGGAAGGUGGAGCAGGCACUCGAUAUCAUACAAGCGACAGAUCUUAUCCCGACAGAUGGAGAUGUUGCGCGCAUUCAGAGGCGUGCAGAAGAGUUCCGGGACCUCCCCGACGCCAUCCAGCGGAAUCUGCAGACAUUCCUUACGCUCACCAUGGACCUUCUCGCGACUGUGCAUCAAAAAGCCAAGACAUCGAUGGCGGCUGACGUUGCUCGACAAAUGACACUGGCCGCGCUUCGCAAGAAGUCGAGGUCGCUAAUGAUGUUCGCCGGUAUUUUAAAAUACCGCAUGUCUCCAGACGUGUAUUCGUAUUUGGCUAGACUGGAUGUAGAAAUUGCUCUUUGA